CAGUCAGAGUAAGUAGGUAAUAGUUGUACACUUUCUCUAAACUAAAGUCUAGUUCGAGAAAUAUCUUUGUGUUUGAACCUUCGGUUUACUUUACAUUACAAUAUAUCGCCUUAGCAGUUUUUCCAGAAAUAAAGAGAUUGCAGUAUUCAGAAAUCAGGUGAAAUGAGUAAUCCAGGACUUAUACCGAAUCGGUGGCUCAAUUGUCCAAGGAAAGCUAGCCACAUUAUAGGUGACUAUUUUUUUGCAUUUAAAACUCCUCUUGACUCCAAAUAUGAUGGACAAGUACCUGAGUCAGCAAGAUUCACCCCAGAAAUGCUAAUCAUGUCCACAAGCAAUUGGAAGAAGCGAAUCGGACUUUGGAUUGAUCUGACUAACACUUCAAGAUAUUAUGACAUGAAUAAAGUCACCAAUGGAUAUAACGAUGGUAAAAAAAUAAUUUAUGAAAAAAUAGAGUGCAGAGGAAGGGAUGAAACUCCAACACCAGAACAAACAAACCAUUUCAUUACCAUUUGCCAACGCUUCAUUCAGCAAAACCCACUCGAUAUUAUAGGAAUUCACUGCACACAUGGGUUUAACAGGACUGGAUUUUUAAUAGCAUCAUACCUGAUAGCAGUGAAUGAUUGGGGUCCGUGUGCAGCACUACAGGAAUUCGCUAGAGCAAGGCCUCCAGGAAUUUACAAAGGGGAUUAUAUAAUUGAACUAUACAGUAGGUACGGAAGCAUAGAUGAUGCUCCGAAUCCACCUUUGAAGCCUUCUUGGUGUUUUGAAAGUGGAAAUAAAGAAAGUGGAAAUAAUGGACAAAGUUCCUCCAGUAGGAACGAUGAAGAGGAAGACGAUGAUGAUGACGACGAUGAUGAUAGUGAUGUUGAAGACAAAGAAGAGAGAGAUAACAGUAAUAGAAGAGACGAGGUUAAUGACAAUAAUGAUGUACCAAGAAAGAGGUUUAAAAGUGCAGACAACACACCAAAAGAUGACAAAAAGUCCAAAUUUAAGAAAAAGAAAGAAAUACCCACAUUUAUGGAAGGUAUUUCUGGAGUGGAACCAGUAACUAAGAAAUAUUUGGUUCAAAAGUUGAGGGCAAUAUGUAAUAAAAUGGCUGGUUGGACAAAAAAGAGUUUUCCAGGUUGUCAACCUGUUUCAAUGACUCGUCCAAAUAUAAAGUAUCUCAUGUCUCACAAAUAUGUGGUAUCAUGGAAAGCAGAUGGUACAAGAUACAUGAUGCUGAUCAAAGGGGAAAAUGAAGUAUAUUUCCUGGAUAGAAAUAAUAAUUUUUUCAAAGUGUCAGGGCUAAAGUUUGUGUCUAGUGAUGAUUUAGGGACCCACUUAUCUGACACUCUAUUGGACGGUGAAAUGGUAAUAGAUGAAUACAAUGGAGCAAAAAUACCUAGGUACCUGGUUUAUGAUAUUCUGUACCUAAAUGGAGAAGAUGUAAAGCAAGAACUUUUUUAUCCUAACAGGCUCUACAAAAUUAAAACAUUCAUCAUUAAACCUCGAAUCAAAGCAAUCUGCGAAGGUAAAUUGGACAAAGCAGCUGAGCCUUUUAGUGUUAGAAUAAAAGAUUUCUACCCAAUUGAGAAGACUAAAAGUUAUUUUAGUGAAAAAUUUAGUAAGCAAUUAUCGCAUGAGCCUGAUGGACUCAUUUUUCAACCUGCAUAUGAUCCGUAUAUACCUGGGGCCUAUGAAAAGGUGUUAAAAUGGAAGCCACCUUCUAUGAAUUCAAUUGAUUUUUUGAUGAAAGUCGAAACAGAAAAAGGACAGGGCAUUAUCCCAAGACGAAUGUGUAAUUUAUAUGUUUCUCAAUUGAUCCCUUAUUUUGGUACUAUGCCGUACACAAAAGAUAUGGCCCAAUAUGACAACAAGAUAAUAGAAUGUUCCUAUCAAAAUGGUGGAUGGGUUUUUAUGAGAGAAAGGAAAGAUAAAUCAUUUCCUAAUAGUUUAAGCACAGCUAGUGCUGUUUUAGAAUCAAUCAAAAACCCUAUUACUAAGGAAUGCCUCCUUCAUUUUAUAGACAAAAUUGAUAGAGUAUCAAUGCCACCACCGUCUAGCACAAAAUAACAGUCUUUCGAAGAAAAAAAAUUGUUUUAUUAAUUUUAAUCUUUUAUGUCUUUAGGAAAAAUAAAAUUGUUAUGAAUUUGAUUUGAUAUACCAAUUAUUUAAAAUCAGCAUUUUUUCCCAUAUUUGUGAGUUAUAUGUUGUGUGUGCAGUUGUUUUAUUACUUAUUAUUAUCUUUAUUUCGAUAACGAUUAAAUUAUAAAAUGAUAUGAUGAAAUGUGCGCUUUUAAUGGUAUAGCCUCAUUUAAGGAUAUUAAAGUGAUUGAAUUUGA